GCGGCGGCGGCGGCGGCGGCUACUACGUUGUGCCUAUUGUAUCGCCGCCGCCGCCGGUCCGGGCGGUGCGCGGGCAGCAUGGCCGAUGAGCAGGAGAUCAUGUGCAAAUUGGAGAGCAUCAAGGAGAUCAGGAACAAGACGUUGCAGAUGGAGAAGAUCAAGGCGCGCCUGAAGGCGGAGUUUGAGGCCCUGGAGUGUGAGGAGCGGCAUCUGAAGGAAUACAAGCAGGAGAUGGACCUCCUGCUGCAGGAGAAGAUGGCCCACGUGGAGGAGCUGCGGCUGAUCCACGCCGACAUCAACGUGAUGGAGAACACGAUCAAGCAGUCCGAGAAUGACCUGAACAAGUUGCUGGAGUCCACCCGGCGGCUGCACGAUGAGUACAAGCCGCUGAAGGAGCACGUGGACGCCUUGCGCCUGACCCUGGGGCUGCAGAGACUGCCGGACCUGUGCGAGGAGGAGGAGAAGCUCUCUCUGGAUUACUUUGAGAAGCAGAAGGCCGAGUGGCAGACGGAGCCUCAAGAGCCUCCGAUCCCCGAGUCCUUGGCGGCAGCGGCAGCCGCAGCCCAACAACUCCAGGUCGCCCGGAAGCAGGACACCCGGCAGGCAGCGACGUUCCGACAGCAGCCCCCUCCCAUGAAGGCCUGCCUGUCUUGUCACCAGCAGAUCCACCGGAAUGCGCCCAUCUGCCCCCUCUGCAAAGCCAAGAGCCGCUCCCGGAACCCCAAGAAACCCAAGCGGAAGCAGGACGAAUGAAGAGGGCGAGGGUCCCCUGAAAGCCCCUGCCCAGCCCGCCGCCCCUACCCCGCCCCCCCAGUUCCUGGUCUCCUAUUUAACGUGACGUAAGCACAAGCUUUUUGUCCCUACCCCUCUCCCUCUUUCUGUUCCUUCCAUCCUGAUUCCUUCCAGUGCAGAGACUUCGCUUGUAGAAGCAGAAAGUGUACCUGGUGCUAAAGGCCUUCUCUUCACAUCCCCUCCCUCCUUUCACCGUGCCCCCUUCCGCCCCAUGUCUGGACCAGCCUCCAGGCCCUGAGUCGCCGUCGGGAAUGGGUUGGAGGGCGAUGGACAUUUGGAAGAAGCUGGGGGAGGGGUCAAGCCCCCAUGUGCCAAAGGCGAGGCCCAUCCCACUGGGCUCCUGGAUCGGAUCAGGCUCACCCCGCAGCCUGGGGGCCGGCGGGAGCCAAGCCGGGCCAGGCCAAAUGCCGAGGGGAAGGUCCUGGGGGGUUCGGCUCCAGCGCCUUGGGUCGGCCCGCUCCCGCUCGCAGCGAAGCCCCCACUCGGCCUCCAGGACCGGCGCAGCUCUCGAAGACAUCAACCCCAGCUGCUUCCAGUCUUAGAUACCGACUUCCAACCCCAUCCGAGACCACCCCCCAACACCCUCCACGCUCCCCCCAGCAACUGAGAUCCCAGACCCUUCAACCAGUGAGGCUCCUUGUUCUCUGCCCUCACCUCCUCCUCACAGGGCCGGAUCUCUUUGAGGGCAUGGGGGUGAGGCAGGGGAGAUCCACCCCAGCUGAGGGGGAUGCAGGACCACCCCGGCAGCACCCCUGGGUUAUAGACCGGCCAAGGGGCGGGGAGGACGCUCCCUGCUCUCCUGACUGCACCGAAGAAGAAUCCAGG